AUAAGGAAGGAAUCCCUCCGGAUCAGCAACGUUUGAUCUUCGCAGGCAAACAAUUGGAAGAUGGUCGUACUCUCUCCGACUACAAUAUCCAAAAGGAAUCCACCCUCCACUUGGUUCUUCGACUUCGUGGUGGUAUGCAAAUAUUUGUCAAAACUCUCACGGGAAAAACCAUUACCUUGGAAGUCGAAUCAUCCGAUACAAUUGAUAAUGUAAAGCAAAAAAUUCAAGAUAAGGAAGGAAUCCCUCCGGAUCAGCAACGUUUGAUCUUCGCAGGCAAACAAUUGGAAGAUGGACGAACCCUCUCCGAUUAUAACAUCCAAAAAGAAUCUACUCUUCAUUUGGUUCUUCGACUUCGUGGUGGUAUGCAAAUAUUUGUCAAAACUCUCACCGGAAAAACUAUUACCUUGGAAGUCGAAUCAUCCGAUACAAUUGAUAAUGUAAAACAAAAAAUUCAAGAUAAGGAAGGAAUCCCUCCGGAUCAGCAACGUCUGAUCUUCGCAGGCAAACAAUUGGAAGAUGGUCGUACUCUCUCCGACUACAAUAUCCAAAAGGAAUCCACCCUCCACUUGGUUCUUCGACUUCGUGGCGGUCAAUAA